AUGUCCCAGCUCUUCUUUGGAAAGCCAGGCCCUACCUUUCAGUCUACACCAAAACCGGGUCAUCAUCCCUCAUCACCCAAGGACCCUGAACAAGGACAUGGGCCAGACCAGGACAUCCCUGAUGAGACAUUUUCAUUUGUGACACUGGAUGAAAGCCAUGGACAGCAAAGUGAGGACUCCGGCAUCGACAUUUCAAACAUCUCCAAUAGACGUAACGUACACAACAGUACUUCCAGUGAGCUCCCAGGUGAGGAGACGACUGUUCUCAGUUCAACGAUCGAGGAGAUAGGGAAGAAGGCCCAGGAUCUGAUAGAGAGAAUAAACCAGAGCCGAGCCAUGGACCAGGAAAUCAUGACCACCUUUGAGAACAAGUUAAUGAAUAAGGUGAGUGAGGUGUGCCAGCAGGUGAAGGAGCAGAUGUUCAGCAGCUAUGAGGAGCAUGGCCGUGGGAUGGAGGCCAAUUUGCAAGAGCUGUCUGAGGUGCUGGAGAGGAGCAGUCAGCUCAGUAUGGAGCUGCAGGGAGCCAGUCAGACCUUAUCAGCCAUCAACAACAGCCUGCAACAUACAGCUGAGAACUGACAUCUACCCAGCCAUUAAUUUAUUUCAACUGCCUUACAGCAUCCCGACUUCUGGGAGGUCUAGA